AUGGCUGAUGAACCGAUGUUCGACCCGUCGCUGAAGAAGCGUAGCAAGAAGAAGCAGGUCGCGUUCACGGAGGACCCGCUGGGCGCGGAGGCUGAUCCCACCGACCCCGUGCCUGUGCCCAUCGCAGACGAGACUUCGACCGGCGAGAAGGUUGAUCUCGGCCCGAAGACGGCGCAUGAGCAGAUGAAGGAGGCCGAGGAGGGCGGCGCCGCGGCUGAGAGUGGGGCGACGGAGCUCAAGGAGGACGAUGAGUUCAAGGCGAUGUUCGGUGAUCUUAAGAAGAAGAAAAAGAAGAAGGAGAUUCCUCUCGACCUCGGUGACGAGGGUUCUGGUACUGCUACGCCGACUGCCGCACCUGCAGCUGGUGCCGCCGUCGAGGAUCUUGACUUCUCCGAUCUGAAGAAGAAGAAAAAGUCGUCCAAGAAGAAGGCGGCAUUCGAUCUCGAGGCGUUCGAGAAGGAGCUUAACGAGUCAAAGGCGAAGGGUGGCGAAGACGACGAGGACGUGCCGAUGGAUGACGCCGCGGGCGACUUGGACGAGGGCCAUCUCGGCGACGAUCCCUUUGCCCGCGAGAGCGCACCUGCUGGCGUCGACUCUGGCGCGGAGCCAUGGCUCGGCUCGGACCGCGACUACCUGUACCCUGAGCUUCUCCAGCGCUUCUAUUCGCAACUUCAUGCCCAGAACCCAUCCCUUCUCACGUCUACUGGCAAGCGCUACACCAUCGCACCACCAUCGAUCCACCGUGACGGUAACAAGCGCUCGAUCUUCGCUAACAUCAGCGAUAUCUGCAAGCGUAUGCAUCGCCAGCCCGAGCACGUCAUUCAGUACUUGUUCGCUGAGUUGGGUACGACCGGUUCGGUCGAUGGAUCUGGACGCCUCGUUAUCCGUGGUCGCUUCCAGCAAAAGCAGAUUGAGAACGUGCUCAGGCGCUACAUCGUCGAGUACGUGACCUGCAAGACGUGCAAGUCGCCCGAUACGCUUCUCACCAAGGAGAACCGUAUCUUCUUCAUCUCGUGCGAGUCUUGCGGUUCGAGGCGGUCAGUCAACGCUGUCAAGACCGGUUUCCAGGCCCAAGUCGGCCGUCGCAGCAAGAACCGCGUCGGUUAG